GAGAUAAGGAGACAGCUGUAGGAUAACUGGUUUAUCCACCUUGUCUGCAGCUAGGAGUGGCUACUAGGCUCGUGUUUAUACGAAGCAACAGGACUCUACAUUCGUAUACUGAAAAGAAAAGACAACAAGAAAUUCAGUUCCACAACAUCAGCAAAAUGAAAUCCUCUUCCAAAGACUUGACAAACAAGAACGAGCCUUUCUCAUCACAGAGACCAGAUAACACUGCAUUUACUCAGCAGCGACUCCCAGCAUGGCAACCACUACUCUCCGCUGGCAUUGUUAUCCCUUUCUUCUUAUUUGCAGGCUUAUCUUUCAUAGCAAUUGGCAUAGGUUUAUACUAUUCCUCAAACAGCAUUAAGGAAAGUGAGUAUGAUUACAGUGGUGCUAUGCCUGGAGACCACUGCUAUCAAUGCAGAAACGCAUCAAAACCUUGCGAUUGUGAUGUCCUAUUUAACAUUACAGAAUUCUUCCAGGGACCUGUUUUUAUGUAUUACGAGUUGUCUAAUUUCUACCAGAACCACUAUCGUUACAUGAUCUCAAGAGAUCCAAAGCAACUAAGUGGACUAAUUGACAAUCUUAAGAGCCCUUCUAAUGACUGUUCUCCAUAUCGAUUGAGUUCAGAAAAUAUCCCAAUUGCUCCCUGUGGUGCUAUUGCUAAUAGCAUGUUUAAUGAUACGAUUUCCCUGUACUAUAAGGAGAAUGGAGAAUAUGUUGAAGUUCCACUCGCAGGAAAAGGAAUCUCGUGGUGGACUGAUUACAAUGUUAAAUUUCGAAAUCCGACAAGCGGCAAUGAAACUUUGGCUUACCUUAAGUCAGUCUUUCAAGGUACAGCACAGCCUCCAAACUGGUUAACGCCUGUAUACAAUCUUUCGGAUGAUCCCUAUAACACAGGGUUUAUAAAUGAAGAUUUCAUUGUUUGGAUGCGAACAGCAGCUUUGCCUACUUUCCGGAAAUUGUAUCGCAGAAUUGAGUCUGGGAAUUUUACAACAGGUCUACCGCCUGGGGAAUAUCGGCUGAAGAUUGUGUACAAUUAUCCUGUACUAAGCUUUGGAGGAAGCAAAAAGAUUGUGUUCAGUAGCGUGUCUUGGAUGGGAGGAAAAAACCAAUUUCUAGGCAUUGCUUACCUUGUAUGUGGUUCUGUAUGUACAUUCUUAGCAAUUGUAAUGUUAAUUGUAUUUCUGAAAACUUCACAAAAGGAUGAUGAAGAUGAGGACAGUAAUACAUUGUAGAUUAAAUGAUUAAGUUAAUUUCUUCCAUCUAGCUAAACUUUAUAAUGCCAUAUCCAAAUCCAAGCAAUACUUCAACAAUCUGUUAAGAAUGUUUCCAAUGACUUUAGAUUUCAAGUUUACAAAGUAGCUAUAUGCCAAAAGUACAUAUCUAAAAUAUCUUGGAAAAGAUCUUUUUAAGAUCUUGGUUGUGUUUUUUAAGAUUUUGAUUAUUUAGAUAUCCUCUAUAUUUUGCCAAACAUUAAUAUAGAAUUCUUAUUACUGCUUUCUAAGUCAGAUUUGUGAACCUUUUUAACUAGAACAACAUCCUUGCAAUUUUUCUAAUACAUUUCAUUUUACUCACUCAGGUUAUUUGUACAUUAGAUCAAUGUUAAAUGCAUUUCUUUGGUUUUCCUUGUGUUUACAUUUUGAUUAAAUAAAACCUAUUUGUAUUUAA